GCAAGAGCCCUUCACUGAAAUCCUCCCACCAUGCUGGGGCUGCUGCUGCUGCAGGUGUUGGCGAGCUGCCUCAGCCUGGGACACAGCGAGGUGGUGAAGACAUUUAAAACUAAAUGUACUGAUUUUUUCUAUGCGAAGACUGUCCCAAGUUUUAACAGUUUGCAUCUACAUAAUGCAGCCAGGAUCUGCCAGGUCUAUGAUAACCAGUAUCGCUUUGCCACCUUGUAUAACAAAACUCGCAGAAUUCCAGUGUACUCUGCUUACAUCUACCAGCGUGGAAAUGGAGAGAGAUACGACUCAUGGUUUGUUGAGCCCCAGCUGAUCAAUGAAACUUAUAGCAGCUAUAUGGAUACUGAGGAGUCCAUCAGAGAGAAGUACCACAUCACUUCACAGGAUAUUGGCCAGAAUCAGGCUAUUGACAGAGACUACAGUGAUGCCACAGGUCUGGACCGUGGUCACUUGUGUCCCAGUGGCCACCGAAGGGGCAACGCCAGCAGGUGGGCUACUUUCACCCUCACCAACAUUGUGCCCCAGUACAGCACACUCAACCAAGGAGCCUGGAGAGAGUACGAGGACACAAUAAUGCGCAACAAGACUGACGGCUGUGAUAAAACCUAUGUCAUCACGGGUGCUGUACCUGGGAACAACAAGGUCCCCAGUGGGAGGGUUAAUAUACCCAGCCACAUCUGGUCAGCUGCCUGUUGCCUGAAGAAGGAAAAUGGCACGAAGGCUUGGGGGGCCAUAGCUGAGAAUGAGAGAAACAAGAACAAGGUGAAGGUCCUCAAACUAGGGGAACUAGAGGAAAGGUUGACCAAUCUCUAUGAGGGAGCAGUUACUCUGUUCAACAAUGCCUGUGUCCGGAAAUAAGCCUCACAUCCUUGAUGGAAAAGGCUCAGCAAAUUUUCCCACAUGUCACAGAAUCACUGAAUGGGUUCGUUUUGGUGGGUCCUUAAAGCCUCCAAGAUCAUCUGAUUUUGACCUGCCUGCCAUGGGCAGGGACACCUUCCACUACCCCAGCUUGUUCCAAGCCCUCCCCAGCCUGGCCUUCAAUGCUUCCAGGGAUGGGGCAGUCAAAACAGCUCAGGGUAACUUUUGCUCAUAGCACAGCCUGCUUCCAGGAAUUUACUUCUUUAGAAUAUCCCAUCUAACCCUGCCCUCCAUCAGUGGGAAACCAUUCCCUCUUGUGCUGUCACUCCAUACCCUUGUCCAAAGACCCUCUCCAGCCCUCUUAGACAUCCUGUAGGUACUGCACUCUCUGGAGUCUUCUCCAGGCUGAACAUGCCCAGCUCUCUCAGCCUCUCUCCAGAGCAGACGUGCUCCAGCCCUCAGAGCACCUUCAUGGCCUGCACUGGACUCCACUCCAACAGCUUUGUAUCCUUCUUGUGCUCUGGGCCCCAGAGCUGGAGGCAGCACUGCAGCUGGGCUCUCAGCACAGCACAGCACAGCACAGCAGAGGGGGACAAAUGUCCUGUGCAGCUUCUGUGCUGCUUCCUUCUCUGUGUGUUUCCAGCUCUGUCCCUCAGGGCACCUCCUGCCCUGCCCAAAGGCACAAAGCCGUGGGCAGAGCCUCCAGCUGCUUUGCUUUGCUGCCCAUCUCAGGAGAGAGCUCUCAGGGACGAGUCCUCUCCUCCUUAGCUGUCCCUGACAGUGUGCAGCUGACUUGUCCCUCACCUCCUUAGCAAGGCCAAGGCACCAGGGCACCUCAGGCUGCCCAGACACCUUGUCUGGACAUCUCCAUGUCUGCACAUACCCAAAUCC